UCCACCGCGCGCCUGUGUAAAUUUGGAAGUUUAUCACGUUGGGCAAACUCACCGUAUUGUUGCGGUCGCUUCGCAACGAACGGAAAAAAAAAUGAGUUUGCAUAUCGAAUUGCAUAAACAAUGUAUUAAUUGAAAGGGCCGGCGAAUGAAAGCGCAUGGUUUAACAAUAUUUUGGGAAAUAUUUAAUCCGAGAACGGUUACGCGAAUUUCAUUCGGUAUGAUAGAAAAAAAUCCUUUUUGGGCUAACAAACAUUUAUAAGAAUAAAAACGAGUUUAUAAAGAUAAAACAAUAAUGAAAGCACCCAAAAUACCAUCAGAAAACAGCAUUUAAAGCGUUUUACAAAAUAUCGUUACUGUUUCAAUGUUAAAUGUUUGCACUCGGCAAAAAUUGUUUCAGCGUUUUUGUUUUCAAAUUUUAAUUUGUACUCUGCCUCGAUUGAAGAUUGUACGUCAGAAAUAAAUUAAGGAGGUACAUGCGUAACAAAAUAUAAUGACUGUUCUUUGAGAUUAAGCGAACUUUCGCAAGAACAUGGCGUAUCGCCUUCGGGUACUUGACCAGAUUCUCCAAUUGCGAAAGUUAAAUGUCAGUGCUUGCAAAAUGUCCACUUAAGCACUUAUUCCUCACGUACGACUCAAAUGUCCGUAUGACAAAUUAUAAUACAUGCCACCUGCAAUUCUGCAUCCGCUGUUGCACCACACGUCUGCUCGACCCAUCCGGCGGUGCUUGUUGGUGGAACGUCGAAUUGGAAAUUGUUUUUUUUUUUCGCAGUCAUUCGGGGAAUGACGAGGCAUCAAUUUACAAUGGCGUGAUCGUAGCGUAUAAUACAUGGACUAUAUACCAUUCGUCGAACGAGGACAACGAUGAUUUGUCUGUCGCGAUGAAAUACGCGCCGCGUGGGAAGUUGCGUUUCGAUGCACGGAAUCGAUUUCAAUUUUUCGCGAGUGAAUAAAAGGGAAUUUUUUUCCCUAACCGACAAACCAUCCCUUUCGCUAGAACUGAUAUAGAAACGCGUGUAUCGUUUAAGCUUGAGCUACUGUAGUCUCUCGAUAACUUAGUAUUUUGAGUAACAUCGACAUGAUACUGAUUCCAGAUGCCAGCAAUACAACAAUAUACGUAUUAUUGCAGUGCUCCAAUUCGAUGAGAAUGGAAUGUUCGCUGCGUUUCGGUUAAAUACAAAUGCACUUUAAACACGGAUGCACGUCGCGCGUAACUGUUUUAUUCGGACUUGGGGGAUGGGAAAUUGAUUUCAACAUUCCUGUCGUAAAUAUGGAUGUAAUGAAGCGCGAAACCAGGUCUGGGCGCGAACGGCUGCAUACGAAGUAACAGAAAAAUGCAAUUAAUAUUUUUACCUCGAUUAAAUUAAUAAAAACAGAAUAACUGCAGUGGCUAAUAUCACCCAUUUAUCCAGCUAUAUAUAAUUUCACUGAGUUAAUCUUUUUGUCAGUAGCAGGCAAUUAUAAUUCUGUUUUUCGAGCGCAUUUUAUUUUCGUUACUUCUCUUUAUAACUUUAUUUUCACGCAGCGGUGCAUUCGUCCUUGCGACCGAUUUCAAGAAGUAAUCGCGCAUACAUCCAGCGUCUGGAAAGUGUGUUAAGGUCGAACGAUCGACAUGCGGGCUAAGAGUAAGUCACGGUCUCCAUCAUCCUGUCGAAUUGCGCGAGUGAGAGAGAACCAGAUCGGUUUUUACGCUUUAAAAUUACGUCAUAUUCGCUCUAAAUUAUCAAUAUUCCACGUAAUUAUCUUUCAACGGCGCCUUGGAUAAAUUCAUUUCCGUAAAAACGUUCCCGAUUUCACGACUGCGUGGUGGGGGUGGUGACCCUGUCGUGCUCGUCUGCACCAGGUACCGCUUAUGGAUCGGUCGGUUGCUAUAGCGCGAAUAUCCGCACACUCUCUCCACCUGCCAUGCCACCUCUCGUCGGGGGUAAGAGAAUCUCGAGUGUUACAUCAAUGGAGUCCAUCGCGAGUAGCCAUACGGCGAAGUGGCUUUUCGCUUUAUCGCGGCGGAAAUGACUCGCUGCUCGACCUUGAGAACAUCUGAAGAUAUCCAAAAGGGAUUCCGUUCGGGCGACGUUAGCUGAUAAGAGCCCGACGCGACACUGGGCGAGCGAGGGUGAUCACAGAACGUUGGUGCGAGAGCUUUCGGCGCUUUCGCCCGGACCGACAGGCGGAAGGGAUACGUGAUAUGAAUGGGUGGUGUUUGCUCGUGCCGCGUUGGUCGCGGCAGCCAGCCGAACGCCGGCUCGAUCCUCGACCGCGUGAUCAGCCAAGCGAGCGACGAGGACCAAUGUUUGUUGUAUCGGCUAGCCAACUACAAGAAGGGCGGCGAGUUGAUCGAGGCGUACAAUCAGGGCGGCCAGCCGGAGGUGGAGAAGCUCGUACGCGAACAGUUCGGCAUUUUGUUGUACGCGGACGGUAAAGGCCAGGUGAUCAAUCGCGCCGAAUAUCUGCGCUGGAAGUUCCGCGAUAUCGAGCAGGUCGUGCUGCCGAUCGAAGCCUCGCUGUCGCGCUUCGAUCCGCUGGCGCAGUGGAACGAUCACGAGGCCUGUUGGCAGAUGCAGUACAGGGGCUCGUUGGGCGAGGCCCUGCUGCACGUUCUUAUCAUAUGCGACACGCGCACGCAUACUAGAAUAGCGCGUAUAUUGCUCAAGUGCUUCCCGCGGCUGGCCAUCGACGUCGUCGAGGGCGAGGAGUAUCUCGGCGCGAGCGCUCUUCAUCUCGCGAUCGCCUACAACAACAACGAGCUCGUGCAGGACCUGGUUGAAGCGGGCGCAAUUAUCUCGCAGCGGGCAAUCGGUAGCUUCUUCCUGCCGCGUGACCAGCAGGGGAUGAACCCCGCUAGAAAUACCGAUUACGAAGGACUCGCGUAUCUUGGGGAGUACCCGCUCGCGUGGGCCGCCUGCUGCGCCAACGAGAGCGUCUACAACUUGCUGCUUGACUCCGGCGCGGAUCCCGACGAGCAGGAUUCUUUCGGAAAUAUGAUUUUGCACAUGGUCGUAGUCGGCGAUAAAUUGGACAUGUUCGGCUAUGCUCUACGACAUCCGAAGCUUCCCGCUCGCAACGGAAUCGUAAAUGCCGCGGGUCUGACCCCGCUGACACUCGCCUGCCAGCUGGGGCGUGCCGAGGUCUUUCGUGAGAUGCUGGAGCUGUCCGCGCGGGAGUUCUGGCGUUACAGUAAUAUCACCUGUUCGGCGUACCCUCUCAAUGCCCUCGACACGCUGCUGCCCGAUGGCAGAACAAACUGGAACUCCGCGCUAUUUAUCAUUCUGAACGGUACGAAGGAGGAGCACUUGGACAUGCUGGACGGUGGUAUUAUUCAGCGAUUACUUGAGGAAAAAUGGAAGACCUUCGCGCGAUUGCAGUUCCUGAAGCGAUUGAUUAUCUUGGUGUUUCACCUGAUGUCGCUGUCUGUAGCCGUAUACUUCAGACCCGCGGACAUGGACGCCGAGUUGCUGCAAUGGCCCGAGGAGAUAACGGACAUCAUCCGCACCGUGGCGGAGUGGACCACCGUCCUGAGCACGGUGAAUUACAUCUUCGUGCAGCUGGGCGGCGAAAUGAUCAACGUCGGCCCGCUAUCGUUCCUGAAGCAACUGAGCCACGAACCGGCCAAGUUGAUAUUCGUGAUCAGCAAUCUGCUCAUUCUCGCGUGCAUUCCAUGUCGUAUCGCCGGCAAUCGGCACGCGGAGGAUGCGAUACUGGUGUUCGCUGUGCCCGGCUCGUGGUUUCUUCUCAUGUUUUUCGCCGGAGCUAUUCGACUGACUGGUCCAUUCGUCACGAUGGUGUACAGCAUGAUCACGGGAGAUAUGCUGACCUUCGGCAUCAUCUAUUCGAUCAUGCUCUUCGGAUUCUCCCAAUCGUUUUACUUUCUCUACACAGGAUUCCCAGGCGUGAAUUCAUCCCUCUACCAUUCCUAUCCUUCGACCUGGAUGGCGCUGUUUCAGAUAACCCUCGGCGAUUAUAACUACUCGGAUCUGAAUAACACGACUUAUCCGAACUUGAGCAAGACCGUCUUUGUGAUUUUCAUGGUGCUCGUGCCGAUACUGCUGCUCAACAUGUUGAUCGCCAUGAUGGGUAAUACAUACGCGCACGUUAUCGAGCAGAGCGAGAAGGAAUUCGUAAAGCAGUGGGCAAAAAUAGUGGUGUCUCUGGAACGCGCGGUAUCGCAAAAAGAUGCUCACAAUUAUCUACAAGAAUACAGUAUCAAACUGGGACCCGGUGACGAUCCUAACAAUCCCGCAUCGGAGCAGAGAGGCGUGCUAAUUAUUAAGAGUAAAUCGAAAACCAAAGCGAAGCAGCGUAAAGGCGCCGUAGCUAACUGGAAGCGAGUCGGAAAAGUCACGAUAAACGAGCUGAGAAAACGAGGUAUGACUGGCGAGCAACUCCGACGUAUAAUGUGGGGUCGCGCGUCCUUCUCCACUCCUGUGCGAGUCAGUCCGAAUGCCGGGCAACCGCAAGUGUCGGCAGUUACUGCAGGUUUUGGUGAUGCGCUAACCGCAGCUUUGGACGUAAUGGCCUUUGCACAUGACUUUGACUUAUCCACCGCGACGGAGGGUAUACCCACUAAUAUCGACGCAAAGCAGACGAAGACGACGCAGCCGAAAGCCGCUCCUAACGACCAUCAGACGAAAACGAUCCAAAAUAAUCCGGAGACGGUGACAAGUAUCCAACCGCAUAAACAACCCAUCGGGGAGGCAGCUAAAUUAUCAGGUCUCACGGAUUUAAUCGAUAAAUCCUGUGAUCCCGUGAAGGACGUGGAAGCGAUGAACUUGAAGAAUACGAAUCGAACGAAAGCGCUCGAAGAAGCUGCGGUGGAUCCAUUUCUGGAGCUCGCCAUCGCCUCCGAGACUACGGCAGAUUACGAAACUCUACUGCAAAUAGCGAAGUCCGCCCUGGCCACUAGCGAAGCUUCGAUGAAAACGACCACGGUCGACACGGUCGACCCACAAAUUCUGGCACAUUUCGCCAUGAUCGCCCCGCCGAUUACUGAGAAAUCUACGAUCGUCAAAAAGCAAUACUUUGUGGAAUCCAGCGAUAACGAGCUCGGUGGCAAUAAUUUACUCGGUACCGAAGCUCGUCUUCGGAGAAUAAAAUCGGCAAACAACAGAUUCAUCACUACAUCGGAUAAGUCACGCCGCGAUGAUGAUGACAACAGUUCCACAACAUCCACUACGUCUAUCGAGCAAAGCCAGCGAUAUCGACCGCUAUUGAAUGAUCCGGAAGAGAGACUGACGAACCGUAUCGAGAGUGAAGGACGAAAGACUUCCAUCGGGACAAUUAAGCCGGAGGUCAAGCAGAACGGCAGUAUUCCCGCCAAGCCGUCGGAUAAAGUCCAGAAACGUCGACCGAAAACAGCCAAGAACAGAGUAUCGCCUAAGGAAAUAGAAGUGCCAGAAGGGAGGAGGGAAUCGAUUGAGCGGAAUAAGGCGGACUCGCCGCCGACAUCGCCCUCGGAUCCGCUCGAGCCGUGGAGCACGCGUGGCAUUACUGACAUGAACACGAUAUUGGCUUGGCGGGAGAACGCACCGGACAGUCCAUAAUAUGAUUUUAUGACAUUUCGCGCUGUCUCCGCGUUCUACACCGAUCACAACACCGAUGCCGCAUCGACAUCGUGAGGUCACGCACGUGGAUAGUCGCGCAUGAAGAAUCUCGCUCAAACAAGGAGCCGUUUAUUCCGCAGAUGCAUGAGUCUAGUUUUAAAAAUUCUAAGAUAAUAUAUGCGACGGUUUUAUGUAUCUUAUUCAACUCCGACGCGUAAUUAAAUUUUUAUUUCAUCUAGGAUUUACGCUACGAUUAAGGAAUAAUUAGAAAAUUGAAUGUGUGAUUACUACUUUGUAAAUAAGUGUACCUAAUAAUUAAAAUAUAACAUUAAUUGUCAACAUCUUUUUUUACACAUGUAGACGGUUGGCUUUGUUAUUUCUUUUUUCCAAGCGAACUUUGAAACGCAAAUUAGUGCGGCAUAAAUUAGUUUUUGGCUAUACCGUGUGACGCUUAAUGUAAAAAAAUGCUUGACCUUUUACGAGGAGUGUAUAAGCUCGAGUUAAACAGUUUGUAAGAGUACACAAUCGAUUCAAACCGAUUUGCAUACAUAGCGGUAUUGUGUGUAUAGGUACUUGUUAAUAUAUAUGGGAAUUACUCAAUCUAACUCGGCGCAUACCUCAUUAUAGGAAACACGCCGCCAAGUAACAGGCUUCCGUAUGAUAAUUAUAAAAGCAAACACACAUGCCAGGGACCAAAUGAUGUUAACUCACCGUUACGUAAUUUCUGGAGGGGUUGCAUGAUGAGAAAUUUUCACGCACAUAUAUGUAUAUACCUAUUAAAAUGAGUUACUAAGGAAAUUCUCAAAGAUAUGGCGUGGCUAGGUAGUGCAGACAACAUACUUUUGCGCUUUAGAAGAUAUUCCAACUUUGAAGAAGAUUUCACAUCGGAGAUUUUACUCUUACAAGAUUUGCCAAUUAUGCAAUUAAAACAUUCAGAGCAAGUUAUAAACUGCAAUAUCGUGUGACGGUAGUUAUUUCCCACUGGCAAAUACAAUUAUUAACUCAUCUCUUAUCGAUUUUCUCUUUUUCUUAUCAAAUUUUUUGCUGUAGUUCACAUUUUUAAUAUUGUAUAAUGACAUCUUAAAAUCGAAAGAAAUUGUCACGAAAUAUAUGGAGAAAUGUAUCGAGAUAUUUAUUCCUGUGUAAGUAUCUGUGUCUACAAACGCUAUUUGUAUACAAAAUGUGUAUAUAAAAUAAACUAUUUUU